GGGCCGAGUCCAAGACCCACCGCCAUCCGUAUUUGAUCCGACUCCAUAAACAGUAUACUUCUGCUAUUCUACUUUCUCCCUCAUCCACCCAACCUCUCUGUGCAAACUGCGAAAGCCAUGAAACUCAGAGUCAGACCAUUCCAAUCAAAGGAAACCCUUAAAAUCGAAGUCCCAAAUUCCUCCUCUCUCCUCCAACUCCAACAAAUCCUCUCCCAAACCCUACCCAAUUCACCAUCUCCUGCUUCAAUCCGCCUCUCUCUUAAUCGGAAAGAUGACAUCCAAUCCGACGGCGCAGACAGCCUCCAAUCUCUCGGCAUCGCCGCCGGUGACCUUAUCUAUUUCUCCGUUGAAGAUCCGGCGGCCGCUACCGGUUCCAAUUCCUGGAUAACCCUUUCCCAGGUGAACGACUCUACUCCUACAUCUCGCUCGAACGAUUCCGGAUGUUCGACAACCUUGAAUCCCCAAAAUACCCUCCCCGAAACCGAUAAUUCCGAUUCCGUGAUGUUGGAAUCGCAGAAACGGAAAACCCUAGGUACCGCGAGUAACAUGGAAGUCGAUGAAGACGAUAUUGAAAAUAGUCGUAUGAGUAAUGAAUUGUUCGAGGUUGUUGAUAACUCGUUUUCCGUGCCUGGAUUUCUGAGGAAAGUGUUCGCGGCGGAGUUGGGCGACGACGCCGGACGCGAUCACAAGCUGAUCGUGAUCGCAGUCCACGCCGUUCUGUUGGAGUCGGGUUUCGUGGGUUUCGAUGAAAAGGCGAACGCAGUUGUUGAUUGUUUUCAAUUGCGCAACGAGUGGCCGUCGGGUCUGUUCAGGGUGUCCUUGUCCUACACUCUGCCUGAGAGUAUUGGCGGCGCCGGCGAAGCAAUCAAGCGCGUGGUUUUGAAAUUCCAGAGUUUGGGGAAUUACUUGAAUGUUUACGGUACAUUAGGCGAUGGAUUGGCCAAGAGAGGGCGGCAUUUUGGGGUGCGAUUGAACGAGGACGAAUUGGUUCCAUUCCUGAACGUUGUGUGGGCGAAUUGUGGCGUGAUGGAGAAUGUAGGUGGACAUAAUGGAGAAUCUUCGAGCACAUCGCCGGAGAAGGAGGUGUUCAAAUUUUGGAGGACUGUGAAGGACAAUCUGGCGCUGCCAUUGUUGAUUGAUUUCUGCGAGGAAGCCGGCUUGGAGCUUCCUCCCUGCUUCAUGCGGCUGCCAACUGAACUCAAGUUGAAAAUCUUGGAGUCCCUGCCUGGUGUUGAUGUAGCAAAAGUGAGCUGUGUGUGCUCGGAGCUGCGGUAUCUGGGGGCGAGUGAUGACUUGUGGAAGGCGAAGUUCGGUGAGGAGCUCAGCGUUGAGACAAAGGAUGCCCAAGUGAGUUGGAAGAAGGCGUUUUCAAUGGCUUGGAGCAGGCGGAAUGGCAGACGCCUUGCGAGCAGAGUUAGAGCUUCGCCUUAUUGGCCAAUGCCGAACUGGCCUCAACCUAGGAGGAGAAGGUAUCCCAAUCCACUCACAUUUCAAAGGGUACCGCGGUUCAUAGGGGACGAGCCGCCUCAUGGAGUUGAUGAUUUGCAGAUUAGGCUUCAUGAUGCUGUGAACCAUCGUCCCAUGAGGAGUUUUUCACCUCAGUGUAAUCUAGGCAUUGGUGGUGCUAGGUUUCUCUAGCUCAUGUUUUUUAUAGGAAGUUCCAUCUUGUUUUCGUUUGUUUUUGUGUUGGUAUGUUCAGUUCUAUAAAACAGUUGCUUGGUCCUUGGUUUUCACAUUUUAUUCCAGCACUGUUGCUGUACAUUAUAACCUUUUUGGUGAUUAAAUAAUUGAUGCUUUAUUUUCUCAA